AACACCUGGAAUACAAGGGAAGGAAGAAAGCAGGGGCAUGAGAACAGAACAUCCAUCACGUGUUCACAAUCACAUAAAUCAGAUCCUGCUAUUCAUUCUUUCAAACGUGGACCAACUUUAUACAAAUACCCUUCAAAUUAUUAACCAAUCAAUUAAUUAUUCCAUUUAAUUAAUCAAUAAUUAAUCCCCUUAAUUUAAUCAUCCUUGUUAAAUCCCCGCCUAAAUCCUGUAUAUACCUUUCAAAAUCAAAAUCCACCAAAUUAAAAAAAAAAUUCAAAAAAAUAAAUAAAAUUCCAGCCAAAAAGGCAAAAAGCACAUUCCAUAAAAUCAUAAAUUAAUUUUUUAAAAAAUCAUUCCCCAUAUUCACUCUUCCCUCCCCUUCAUUUUCUCUCUUCACACUUACUUUCUCUCUCCUCUGUUUUUUUGAAAUUCAUUCAAUCAAUUUUUUUUUGAGCUACUUGUUAUUAUUAUUACUAGUACUAAGUAGUAAAUUUGAAGAAAGAUUUGAUUUUUUACUUUUUUUUUUUUAAUCUUUGUUGGUUGAAUUUGGGAGUGUAAAUCGGAAUCUGAGCAGAUCUCGCCGGAAAAAUCAAUGGCGAACGGUGAAGCAACGGCGGCGCCGGCGAAGUUAACGACGUCGGCUUCGUUUAAGUACCGGAAAAAGAGCGGCGGACAUUCGAGAGUAAAUUCGGGUGUUGAAGAUGUUGUUCAUUUGUUGCACGGUUCUGAUCCUGUUCGCGUUGAGCUCACUCGCCUUGAGAAUGAAGUUCGAGAGAAGGAUAGAGAAUUAGGAGAAGCUCAUGCAGAAAUCAAGGGAUUAAAACAUUCAGAACGCCUUAAAGAAAAGGCAGUCGAAGAGCUUAGUGAAGAGCUUCAAAAGGUGGAUGGGAAGUUAAAAACUACUGAGGCUAAUCUGGAAAGCAAGAAUCUUGAAAUUAAAAAGAUAAAUGAAGAGAAGAAAGCAGCUCUUGCUGCACAAUUUGCUGCCGAAGCCACUCUUAGACGCGUACAUGCUGCUCAAAAGGAUGAUGACAUGCCACCAAUAGAGGCCAUUAUUGCUCCGCUAGAGGCGGAACUAAAGUUGUCAAAGCAGGAGAUUGCAAAAUUGCAGGAUGACAACAGGGCAUUGGACCGUCUUACAAAAUCCAAGGAAGCUGCAUUAUUGGAGGCAGAGAAAACUGUUCAGAUGGCUAUGGCAAAAGCAUCCAUGGUUGACGAUUUGCAGAACAAAAACCAGGAGUUGAUGAAGCAGAUUGAAAUCUGUCAGGAGGAGAACAAAAUUCUGGACAAAAUGCAUCGUCAAAAGGUAGCAGAAGUUGAAAAAUUAACACAAACAGUUAGGGAGCUUGAGGAAGCAGUGUUGGCUGGUGGAGCAGCUGCCAAUGCUGUGCGUGAUUACCAACGUAAAGUGCAGGAGAUGAAUGAGGAGAAGAAAACCCUAGACAGAGAGCUUGCUCGUGCAAAAGUAAACGCUAAUAGGGUUGCUACUGUUGUGGCAAAUGAAUGGAAAGAUGGCAAUGACAAAGUAAUGCCUGUAAAGCAAUGGCUAGAAGAGAGAAAAUAUUAUCAGGGAGAAAUGCAACAACUUAAGGAUAAGCUUGCUGUUGCCGAGCGUACAGCAAAAGCAGAAGCACAAUUAAAAGAGAAAUACCAAUUAAGAUUUAAGGUUUUAGAAGAAAGAUUGAGAGGAUCUGCAAGUGCCAACUCUUCUCGUGUCACCCCAGAAAGAAGAAGCAUAAGCAGUGGUCGAACACGACGUCAAUCUCUCGGAGGAGUAGAGAAUUUUUCAAGGGUGGCUUCUAAUGGAUAUUUAUCAAAAAGAACAACAAAUUCACCAUCCGGGACUCUACGAUCUAAUAGUGUAAUUGCAUUGCUAAAGAAUGCCAAGAAUCCGUCACAAUCAUUUGAUGGCAGUGAUAAAUCUCAAGAAGGAGCUAAGCCAUGUCCAAUGAUGCCAAGCACAACUUCUAAUGGUAUUGACAAGACUCACAAUGGCUCCCAAAGAGAGGAUGAUCACAAGAAUCUAGUUGAAAAAACAAAAACAGAUUGUGAUGACUAUGUCUCUGGGGCAUUGUAUGAUAUGUUACAAAAGGAAGUUGUUACUCUCAGGAAAUCUUGUAAUGAGAAAGCUCAGAGCCUCAAGGAUAAGGAUGACGCUAUUGAGAUGUUAUCAAAGAAGGUUGAGACUCUGAACAAGGCGAUGGAAGUUGAAGCGAAGAAAAUGAGAAGAGAAGUAGCAGCGAUGGAAAAGGAAGUUGCUUCAAUGCGUACUAACAAGGAGAACGAUCAAAGGAACCGGAGAAUGAGUAUGGCUAGAGGGGUUGUCAAUGGUUCUCAGCCACAUUCUGCAAGGAACAUUCGGCAUAUGUAGGAAAUGAUCCUUGCAAGGUAAAAUUACACUCGUUAAGGAUUCAGUCCUUGAACUCUAGGAUGAUAGGGCUUUAUUUCACAGAUUUCUCCCUCCACAACUCGCUUUCUUCUGACAUUCCCGCUUCCUUUUCAAGAGGCUUCCCCGGUCUGCUAUUCAUUUGUAAAGAGCUGACUUCUAGAUUGGUCCACGGAGAAUUACAUCAAUCGUGUAUAUUUUUGUAUUAACAACAUGAGUGUGAAUCUAUGUGAAAGUAGUGGUGUGUAUUAGGUUUUUGUGGUCAUCUUUCAAUUAUAUUUGAUUUUGAAGGAUUGCUGAUAUUCUGUAAAAGGGCAUGGUUGCAUACCCCAGUUGCUACUCUUGAAGUACGGGUGAAAGCUACUUUGACUUCAUAACUAGUUAUGGAUUAUAGAUUUUUUCUGAAA